GGCGCUAACCCCUUCAAAAAUAAAAAUUCUCUCCCCGCCCAAUUUUAGCCUGUAAAAUCUUGCCUGCUGGCAACCUCGCGUCUUCUUCUUCCCUUCUAACAACUCUCGUCCCUGCACCUUCGUCCGGAGCAUCCGCUCCACCCCACCACCACCCCAUCAACCUCCCACCGUUUUGACGCGUUUUUGCCUUCGCCGGUCACGAUGAAUCCCCGCGAACAUUCCGAUAUGCCGUCCACGGCCUCCUACCCGUCUCCUAACUCGGCGCAGAUCGGUCAAGGUGCCAUGCAGUACUACGCGAAUCGCCAAUUGACCGCCGACGAGCUCCUGUCCGCCGAGCUCUCCCGCGAAACCUCCGGCCCCGGCCUCGCUGAUGGAUCGAGUAAUGGUGUUCACCAUGGGCAAUCGAUGGUUCUGGGCUCCUCCAACCCCGGUGGUGCCGACAUGGGCCGCCCUUCCUCGCCCGACCAACAUCAACAACAGCACAUGCUGCAGUUCACCCCAAGCCAGCAAGUCGGCGUCGAUCCGAACCACGACCUCAGUUAUGGUGACCAGAGUGCGAGGAGGAAGCGAUCGAAGAUUUCGCGCGCUUGCGACGAAUGCAGGCGGAAAAAGGUCCGUUGCGAUGCGAGUUCUGAGACUGGGGUUGAGACGUGCUCCAAUUGUCGCCGACUCGGAGUGGUCUGUCAAUUUAGUCGUGUUCCAAUGAAGCGUGGGCCGAGUAAAGGCUACAUCAAGGAACUCGCUGAGCGUCUGCACACUCUCGAGAACCAGAUGCAGCCCGCGAUGGUUCAUCCCGACAUGUCGUACCAGGCGAUGAACGAGGUGUCGUCACCGCGAGCCUACCAGGACUUUUCGCCGCCCAUCGAUACGGGUCCCAUCGGUGGUCGCAAGAGAACAUACUCUGUGUUUGAAGGAUUGCCGAGCUCCUCCUUUACCCAGCCGCCGUUUAACACUCGGUCGCAAAACGCUUUCGACGCCGCAGAAACCUCGCCAGAUCCAGUCAACCCCGCGGUCACGAAUGACUCCGCGCCGAAACCUGGGAAUCUGUUCUGGUCCACGGGCAACGAGAAUGGACUGCCGACGGGAAUGGAGAUGCCUGACGUGGCGAAGAACACGAUGGAUGAUGACAUGACCCCCAUGGACGUCGAUGAAGGGGCGCUCAAUGCCUAUUACGCCAAAAUUCAUCCCAUACUUCCCGUGUUACCGCACUCGAAAGAGCGGUUGAUGGAGCUUCUACACCAAUGCAGCCGUGAGGUCCAGGAAAUAUUUUUGUACAGUCUGUACACUACGACUGCGACGAACCUGGACCGGGUCGUGUCUACCUUCGAAAGGGUAACGUCCUUCGACAAUGCACAAGACCUCCUUUUGUAUUACACGCGACAGCCAUCGAUUCUCCGCUCCAACGGGGCCAAUCUGAUAUGGCUCCAGUCUACGCUACUCAUGAUCAUGGAUUGCGAUUCGAGAGGUCCCGACAAUUUCGUGCUCAAGGAUGGUGUACCCAAACAAUCCUUGAUUCAGUCUGCUCUCAAGCUGGGCUCCGACAUGGCCAAGGGCCUGGGGCAAUUGAAGAGCAAACGGUCGUCGGAGCCGGACGUUGACUCGGAUGCGAACCUGGUGCGCCGUAACUGGGUGUCUUUGGCUAUCCUGACGCGCUGGUACGCCAUUAGCGUGGCGGACCCUAGCGUCCUUGGAUCGCAGGAGAUCGGUGGUCGGGAAGAUGAGCGGGUCGUCGGUUCGAUCACGACGGGGAUUGGCUCAUACUCCACAUUCCUCAUUGAACUAGUAACACUAGCCUCGCUCGACCACAACGUUUGCCAGUCGAAUACGGGGACCGGUCGCAUGGUCGCGGCUAAUUUGAUGGCAUCGCUUGAACGUCUGAACGAAGUCGAAGACUUCCAGAAGCCCCCUGAGAUCCCGGAAGAGACCGCUCCCCCAAGCUUCAUGGAGAGUCUCCAGAACCAACUCUACUGGACCGUCCGGCUACUCAUCAAGCGACACAUCUUCGUCUACAGCCCCUACGAGAUCGUCUACAGCGCUGAAGAAGUCAUCAACGAACUGCACCGAGCAACGACACAGUACUCCCGGAUCGCCACGCCCUUCGACCUCCACAGUCUAGCCCUCGCCUCCAUGACCCUCCUCGAAGCCACCGUCCUCCCCGAAUACGCGAACGAGUGCUGGGACGCCCUGAAAAAAGUCGAAGAAAUCCUCGACCACCGCUCCAAAUGGACCGCCGCCGGCGCCGAAUUCAGCAACAUCUUCGCCACCCCUGGCUGGGACGCCAAGAUCCGCCUCUUCCUCGAAUGGCGCCGCGCAAAGGCCCAGGAAAGCCAACUCCAGGACCCUACCUCCGUCUCCUCCUCCACCACCUUCGGCAAGAGCGGCUCCGCCGCUCCGCCCGUCAUGGGCCCCAACGAGCAGCGCUCCCUCCAACAUCUCGCAGAUCUUGCCGUCGGCGCGGAAGGCUCCGUCGCGGCUAACAACAACUCGGGCACCCCGCCGCCGGCCCUCCCCUCGACAGAGACUAACAUGGGCGGUGGUCCCGCGUCUCCGAAUUUGACGGCCGUGGGGCAGCCGCACGGCCGUGUGGUCGUCGACUUUACGCUCUUGACUAAGGAGGGCUACCUUAAUGUCUUUUCGGGGUUGAUCUAUCGACGAUCUCGCUGAGAUUGGUGGAUUGGAUUUUUCUGAUAGGAUUUAUCUCAGUAUUUUAUGUUAUUCAUACUCUCUCCGAUGCAGAAGAGGACGAACGAAUUUUCUCUUCCGUGAAAAAGUUGUCUAUUGAGAUACUGCUUCAAUAUCUUUGAUAUGAUUCUUUUUCUUUCUUAUUUUCUCCCCUUUUCUGGUUUUACCUUUAACUAUUUCUUCUCUUCUCUUUUGAUUCUUAUUUUCUUUUAUUUUGUUCACCGCGUUCCCUGAUAUGUCGUGCGUGGUUUGCGACUGACUAGCGGGAUUCUUUUAUUUUUAUUUUUAUUCUUUUUUUAUCUUUUCUUAAUCAGGCUUGUAUU